CAAUUGAGUCUGGCUACCGUCUCCCACACGGAGACCUUCAGGAGGAAGAUGAGCCCUAAACGCGAUGGGCUGGGGACAGGUGAUGGUCUUCACUCACAGGUUUUACAGGAGCAGGUCUCCACCGGAGACAAUCUCCAUGAAUGUGACUCCCAGGGACCAAGUAAACACACUUUGGUUCGUGAGGGGAAGACCUACAAAUGCAAGGAAUGUGGGAACGUGUUUAACAAGAACAGCCUCCUUGUUCGACAUCAGCAGAUUCACACUGGGGUGAAGACUUAUGAAUGCCAGGAGUGUGGAAAAGCCUUUCGAAAGGUCGACUUCGUUCGACACAUGAGGAUUCACACAGGGGAGAAGCCCUGUAAGUGCGUGGAGUGCGGGAAGGUCUUCAACCGCAGGUCGCACCUCCUGUGCCACCACCAGAUUCACACUGGAGAGAAGCCCUAUGAGUGCAGCGAGUGUGGAAGGACCUUCAGCUAUCACUCUGUCUUCAUCCAGCAUCGUAUGACCCACACUGGAGAAAAACUCUUUGGGUGCAAAGAAUGUGGAAAAACCUUUUACUACAACUCUUCCUUAACCCGGCACAUGAAGAUUCACACCAGAGAGAAGCCCUACAAGUGCAGUGAGUGUGGGAAGACCUUCACCUACCACUCUGUUUUCUUCCGACAUAGUAUGACCCACACUGCAGGAAAGCCCCACGAGUGUAAAGAAUGUGGGAAAGGUUUUUACUACAGCUAUUCCCUCACUCGACACACAAGGAAUCACACUGGAGAGAAACCUUAUGAGUGCUUUGAACGUAGAAAGGCCUUUGGCUACCACUCUGCUUUUGCUCAACAGAGUAAGAUCCACUCUGGAGGAAAAAACCUUUGA